CUUGCCCGGCUCCGCCAGGCUGAGGAGCGGAUGCUGCCGCAGGAAUCGCCGCUCCUCCUCGGACACCUCAGCCACGGCCCCACCACCGCCGCCGCCGCCAUGUCCCGCCGCCGCCAUAGAGACGCGCCGCCAGACGGGAGCUCCCCUCCACUUCCGGUGCCGGCCCCGCCGGGGAGCAGCCGGCACCAUAGAGAGGGGCGGCUAGAGCGGGGCCCCGCCGCGCCGGGAGUCUGCGGGCCGGAGGCGGGUGGCGGCGAGGGGCGCGGUGUUGCCAUGGCGACAGGGAGGCUGCGGUUGCCGCUGCUGUUGCGGGAGCGUCAGGGCCGGGUAUCUCACUGCUUGAUCAGAACAUUUUUUGGAUAUCCCCUAACUAAAGCAGGUUCUGGUCUCGUCCAGCAGACUAAAGAUGUUUUUUUGAGAUUCUGCAGACCACGAAGUUCUACAACAGCUGCUGAUGCACCUGGAGAAGACAUCUUACUCAAAUGGGGCCUUUUCCUGGUCCCUCUGACCACAUUCGGUCUCGGCACGUGGCAGGUUCAGCGACGAAAGUGGAAGUUAGAUUUGAUUGCACAACUGGCAUCAAGAAUUACAUCAGAGCCCAUCCCUCUGACGUUAGACCUCAUGGAAUUGAAGGAAUUGGAGUACAGACCUGUAAAGGUCCGAGGGCAUUUUGACCACUCCAAGGAGCUGUAUAUUUUGCCACGGUCACUUGUGGACCCUGAGCGAGAAGCCAGAGAAGCUGGACAGCUGACAUCCCAUCCAGAAAAUGGAGCAAAUGUCAUUACUCCUUUCUACUGCACGGAACUAGGGGUCAUGAUUUUAGUCAACCGAGGAUUUGUGCCCAAAAAGAAAUUGAAACCGGAGACCAGGCUGAAAGGGCAGAUUGAAGAUGAAAUUGAUCUCGUUGGGGUGGUGAGGUUAUCAGAAACCCGGAGACCUUUUGUGCCUGAAAAUAACAUAGAAAAAAACCGCUGGCACUACCGUGACCUGGAAGCCAUGGCAAAGGUGACCGGCGCCGAGCCCAUCUUUAUCGAUGCAGAUUUCAGAAGCACAGUCCCAGGGGGGCCCAUCGGAGGCCAGACCAGGGUCAGCCUGAGAAACGAGCACAUGCAGUACAUCAUCACCUGGUAUGGCUUAUGUGCUGCAACUUCAUUCCUGUGGUACAGAAAAUUUAUACAAAAAAUACCUCUGUGAAGGGCUCAUCUCUUCUGUACGACAGUCAAGAGCAGACUUACAGAAGACAACGCUCUCAGCCCUGAACAACUGAAACACCCAGAGUUUCAGGGUAACACGCUCAGUAAACUUGUGCAGCUAUUGAGCUGCAAAUAAACUUCAAGCAACCCAUGCAAACUCAGAGCUCCUACCAGUGCAAGUCUGGCUGCAGCUUGGAAGCUCUGAACUUCAGAAUUGUGACUGCUACAUCAAUCAGCCUCACUAGAAAUCUCAAGGAUACCUUUUUCUACUGCGGUUGGCUGUAAGCUACGAAGUUUUAACUUCUCUGCUGCUGUAUUUUCCAAAAGACAUCAAGGGAUUUUGUGAAGCAGUUUCUUCACACUGAGCAGUCACUCCUGAAGUCAGGAGUGGUUCACAGCAGUUGCAUCAGCACAAAUAAAGAGGGCCUAGAGAGGCUUGCCUUGUGACUUA